AGUUGAGUCACUUCGGUCAGCAUCCAUUUUCGGGAACGAGGGAACUGGCAACUCGCUGAUCGCCAAACCGUGUGCUCGAUCUCCAUGCGCAGCGGCUCGCACCUUGGCGGACGCACUUCAGGAACCAAACUGUUAGCAACGCCGAAACUAUUGCUAAUGUGGUCGUUAGAGCGACGCAUCCUCUGAACAUGUGAGCUGUAUAUCUGAAGAGCUUUAAACGGAUCAAAAACAAAUUCUGGAAAAAGAUCCAAAAUGUCUUCAAUACCUGGGCUUCCGCCGGUGGGAUCGGACGUUACUGUUCUGGUAACUCGUGUCAAUUUGAACGCCAACUGUGUGCUUGUAGAGUUAUGGGCCAACUUCAACAAAGAAAGGGAAGCAGAAUAUAAGUGCAUGGAAAGGUCCAUUCAGUAUCCCGGUGAACUGUUUCGAGAGCAGGACGGAGAUCCUGGAGACCAGUGCUUGGCCUGUGUCGAUGAUACCUGGUUCCGAACACGCAUAGUAUCGAGAAAUGGCAAUAAUUACACAGUGUUCCUCAUUGACAAGGGUUGGAUACAUGGGGCCACCACAAACUUGUUGGCAUGGGGCAAGAAAGACUAUUUUCUCUUGCCACCCGAGGUUGAAUUCUGUGUGCUGUCCAAUAUCCUGCCGCUCUCCCCUGACAACAGGUGGUCUCCAAUGGCUCUGCAGUUUCUUGAUUCACUCUCUGGGAUGACAGUCAGGGCAUUGGUUCAAGAUGUGCUUGUUCCACAGAGAACCUUUCUCUUGCACAUUGCAUGCAUAUCGAAGCAAAUGCACGAGAUGGGGUUUGCCAAAUGUUUGUCUCCUCCUGAGUUCAACGACUAUGUGCUCAAGUCGGUGCAUUCUGACAACAGAAUAGCACUUUCCCCAGGGCCCCCUCAGCAGUCCACAGCGGACAGGGGUGAGCCUUUUGACCAACAGCAGUCCUUCAUGUAUGUCGAGCUGCCCAUAGGGAUUGUGGAGACGGUCAUCAUCACCGAGGUGACCAGCCCACUGCGGGUGUUCUGCCAGCUCAAAGUUUGCUCGCAAGAACUAAAGAAACUCUCUGAGAAAUUAACAAAGCAUUACGAAGGCCGGACCUCCCGCUCCACUGGCCCUGAUACGCUUGGAUCUCCGUGUGCAGCGAGAGGAAAUGACGGGAAGUGGUACCGGUCGGUCGUACGGCAGAUCCUUCCGGCCAACAACGCCGUGGAAGUGUUCAAUGUCGACUCUGGAAAGAAACAGUUUGUUCUCGUGGACAAUGUAAAACCGCUGGCGGCCGAGUUUUUCAGAAUGCCGGUCGUGACCUACAUCACCUCCCUCCACGGCAUCAUCGACAAAGGGGUGGGCUGGACGGCCGGCCAAAUCGACCAACUCCGGUCCCUUCUGCUGUGCCAAACCGUGGUCGCCAGAUUCGAGUACCACAGCCUCUCGGAAGGCGUUCAUUAUGUCACGCUGUACGGCCAAGACAAUAAAAACCUGAACACCUUGUUUGGCUCCACUGAGCGUUGCCUGCUGGAAAGCGAGAAGCUGCUUGUGGAUUAUGCUGUGGACGGCCCUUUGUGUAAGACCGGUGAUCAAGCUCCACAUGAAGGUCAAGGAGAUGCCCAGAGCUCUCCCAAGGCUGUGAAGCUCGUCGGAAGAAAGACACCCAAAGAACAAAUACCGGUGGAAGAUCUUCCUCUCGGUUCUUCCCUUGUUGUGGUGGUCCUCCGUGUCUCUUCGCCGUCCGAGUUUUGGAUUCAGACACAGAAAUAUGCCAUUGAAUUUGAUCAUCUGAUGGCUGCCAUUUCUGACCUGGACAGGGAUCCCGUCAACCCAACUGUUGGCUCCUACUGUGCAGCUAGGCUACAAGAUGGCCUUAUGUACAGAUCAAGGGUAGUUGAAGUGAGGGAAACCAAAAUCAAAGUUUUCUUGGUUGACUAUGGAAAAACAGAAGUUGUUGACCAGGGAAGCAUCUGCUUUCUUCCAGACAAGUUCAGAGAGCUGCCUCAACUUGCAUUACAAUGUAAGCUUGCAGGCGUCAAGCCAAGAAACGAGAGGUGGACCCGCACAGAGGUUGACUUUUUCACAAGAUCGGUUACAGAUAAACUCCUGCACAGCCGGGUGGUCACCCAGUAUGACGGUGGCUAUGGUGUCCGACUGACGGACUCUGUAGCACAUGGAGAAAAAGACGUGGGCAAGCUAAUGUGCAGUUAUGACAUUGCAGUGCAGGAUGAUGCACAGAGUGAAGAUGGGUACAAAGUCGCCUCUCCACAUGCCAUGACUACCCUGGCACCGAACCGUGGUGCCGCGCCAUUGGUUGUCGAGGACUCUAUCUCAGAUUGUCAAACUCAAAACCCUGUUGAUCUCAACAACAAUGAGGGCCGACCUGCUACACUCAGUGAGCAAAGGUUUGCAAUCGGAAGCACCCUUGAGGUCAACGUAUCUUGCAUUGAAAGCCCAAAUGAUUUCUGGUGCCAGUUGACUCGGAACAUGACUUUUCUCGGACUGCUCAUGCAGGACUUGCAGACCUACUACGCUGAGAGUCAGUUCUCUCCCUUUGCGGAAAAGUUAUGCGUCGCUCGCCAUCCUGACGAUGGAAUGUGGUACCGGGCAAUUGUAAUCCACAGGCAUGUGACACGCCAUGUCAAUGUGCUGUUUGUGGACUUUGGAAAGACACAGGCAGCUGUCCCCCUGUGCAACCUGAGGAAGAUAUGCCCAGCAUUUCUGAAACUCAAAGGACAAGCUUUCCGCUGUUCUCUUUACAAUCCGGAGGAACCAUUGUCGCCUAUUAAAGAUUGGAACCAGGAGGCAAGGGCACAGUUCAAGGAAUUUGUCGAGACUGCUGUGUCCAAGCAUGUGGAUUUAAAAUGCACUGUGUACGCAACCAUGUACAGUGCACAGAAGGUUCUGCAUAACAUUGUGGAUCUGGAAACGCCUUUUGAAAGUGUUUGCACUCGUAUGCUCCAGCUGUCAAAAAGCACGCCUCCAAAGAAGAUUCCUGCGCCGUUGAUUCGACUGGACACGUACUGUUACUCUGCACACAACAUCAAAAUGGGGACGGAGGAGAUGAUGACGGUAACAUCUGUGAAUAGCGCAAAUCAGUUCUACUGCCAGCUGGACCGCAACUUUGAUGUGGUGGAAGACCUCACAGUGAAGCUGCAGAGCUUGUGUGAACGACUAAAAAACGCUAAACUCCCCACAUUGUUUGGAACGGUGUGCUUUGCAAAGUAUCCCGAUGGACACUGGUAUAGAGGACUGAUCAAGGCCACAAAGCCAUCCAUUCGUGUCUUCUUUGUAGAUUAUGGUGACACUCUCGAGGUGGACAAAGCGGGCAUACUCCCUGUUCCUAUGGAGGCUACUGAGAUCAUGAUGGUGCCGGUGCAAGCGAUCGAGUGUGGUCUCGCCGACGUCCCCGCCAAUGUUCAAAGCGAGGUUAACAGCUGGUUUAAGACGAAAGCCACAGAUGGUUCAUUCAGAGGAUUGGUUGUAGCCAAAGAACCAUGCGGCAAACUCCUUGUUGAACUGUAUGACGAAACAAGCCAAGUCAACUCUGAGAUCAGAAAAACCUUCCUGACUGCCCUCCCAAAAGGUGUCCCAGAGUUGAAGGAUAACACUCGGGCUCCAAAGAGAAAACCGUGUUCAGACCCAAAACCAGUGCCUCACCUUGAGAAUGAUGUUAAAGUAUCAAGAGCAACCUCUUGGUCUGAAAACAGGCACUCGCAGCGACUCAAUGAGAAGUCCGAACACCCGACACAGGAUCGCUACAAAACGCCACACCAAAGGAACAUGGCCAGCCGGAUAGAGGCGGAGCAACAGUGGACCGAUCAAGUGGACACCCAACCAAUAGAACAAUAUGUCCCUGAACAACGGCAACAGCGUUCUGUAUCUCAUCUACAUUGCACAGAAUCCCAGCAAAGUAAAGUGGUCUUGGAGCCUAAAAAGCCGGCCCCCAAGCAGUCAGAGAAACCAAGGACUUUGGAUGUGAAAGUGGAACCUCUUCGGUAUCUCCUACCUAAUUUCUCAGAGGGGCAGAAAUUGGAGGCCUAUGUCGCAACCAUUAAAGGGCCUCAUACCUUCUGGUGUCAGCCUGCAGACGGUGAAGAGCUUGAUAGAAUCACCCAUGCCGUUUCAGAGCUGGGAAACGCCGCACACAAGCCUCUUGAUCCGAAGCUGCUCUCACACGGCAGCGCGUGUGUCGCCCUUUUCACAGACGAGCAGUGGUAUCGAGCAGAGGUCCGCAGCCUGGAUGGCAGCAAACUCUCUGCUCACUUCGUGGACUACGGAAACGACUCGCAAGUCAACAUUAAAGAUGUGAGGGAAAUUACCUCUCAGCUCGUCAAGAUUAAAGCGCAGGCGUUUCUGUGCGAGCUUGACGGGUUUGAUGAUGCAAAUGGCUCCUGGACAGAGGGGGCAGUUGAACACAUAGCGGAGCUCAUGACGGACAAGUUGUUGGAGUUGACCGUUGUGAAGGUACUGAGGGAAGACGAGGGCGAAUUCAAGUGCAUUGUUCAGGUGUUGUGUGAAGGCAAUAAGAUUAAUGCCACGGCAAGAUCAUACUGGAGAAGCUCCCGAACUGAAAAUAACAUUGAUUCCACGGAACUAUCGGCUGUGCACCCAACAUUACUGCCCUGCGAUUCUGCUGUCCAAGACACGACGAUGCCACAGUCCAAGAGUGAAGCAGAAGAACCUGAGCAUCACACCAUGGAGAAGGAAUCUCCAAGAGACCCUCCAGAUGAACAGCACACCAUUGGCUCUGAGAAGUCUGAGGAGCCUAGCAUACUUUCUGAGGUGGCUAUGGUGUCAGAACUGACUUCGGAAAGCCUGGAUCAAACCACUCAUUCACCGCAAUCGGACUCUGUCGGUGAUGAAGAGGUCCCCGUUUUAUGUGAAGCUCAACCUGGAGAUGGAGCCGCCCCACUAUCGGAUAAGGAUGAAGCAUGUCAACCGGAGUCGUUGAGCACAGACGACAGCGUGAUCAAACCGGACCAGGACUGCCAACGUGAUGACCCUCAAGUUGAUGACAAGGGUUCAGGUCCUGAUCAAGACGGCCUAGAAGAUACUCCGGCAACUCUGGAACUGGAUUUGGAUUCUGAGUUUGGUGGACUGAGAGUGGCAGAAGCUCUGCCGGUGGGGGCCAUGUGUAUCAUCCGGUCACAGACGAGCCAGCGAUGGUGUCGAGCAAUAAUCCUGAAAAACCUACCGGACCAAACGUUGGUCGUGUUGAUCGAUGAGGAGAGGGAGAUGGUCGUCCGUCCAGACGCUGUAUUUGAGUCGGUGGUGCCGCGAGCGGAUCAGCUGGAUGCAAACAACAACCAGUGCAGCGACCCCCACAGUGUCCCAUCCCCAUCCCAACUCCUGGCUGGUGAACUGAGUGACGACAGCGAGGGAACACUGGUGGGAGUGGAAGAAAUGACUUCGCGGGAGGACGGGGACUUGGAGACGUCCCUCAGCGAAGGCACCCCACCCAGAAUGGAUGGGCCACUACCUGUGCAGGACAACGCGGCGCCUUCAGCCCCCUGCGGGCCUUCACAGCCCGGCACUGCGGCUCCUGACGAGCUGCUGGGCACUGUGGAGGAGGUGGUGCAUCCCUCUUCAGAGGAGGUGGUGCAUCCCUCUUCAGAGGAGGUGGUGCCCUGUACCCGGGAGGAGGUGGUGCCCUGUACCCGGGAGGAGGUGGUGAAUCCUUCUUCAGAGGAGGUGGUGCCCUGUACCCGGGAGGAGGUGGUGAAUCCCUCUUCAGAGGAGGUGGUGAAUCCCUCUUCAGAGGAGGUGGUGAAUCCCUCUUCAGAGGAGGUGGUGCCCUGUACCCGGGAGGAGGUGGUGAAUCCUUCUUCAGAGGAGGUGGUGCCCUGUACCCGGGAGGAGGUGGUGAAUCCCUCUUCAGAGGAGGUGGUGAAUCCCUCUUCAGAGGAGGUGGUGCCCUGUACCCGGGAGGAGGUGGUGAAUCCCUCUUCAGAGGAGGUGGUGAAUCCCUCUUCAGAGGAGGUGGUGAAUCCCUCUUCAGAGGAGGUGGUGAAUCCCUCUUCAGAGGAGGUGGUGCCCUGUACCCGGGAGGAGGUGGUGAAUCCCUCUUCAGAGGAGGGGCAGCAGAGGUCUACACAGGCGCUGAGCUGUCCUACAGAGAAGGAGGUGCAGCUGCCUCUUACAGACGCGGUGCUGAUGCCCUCGACCAAGGAGGAGGUGCAGGUCACUCCAUUAGCCGAGGAGGUGCCUUUGCCCUCUUCAGAUGGCGAGGAGGAGCUCCUUCCCUCCAGACUGGAGGGGCCUCCCCUAGCGGAGGAGGUGGUGGUGUCUCCGGAUGAGACGGUGAUGGAACAGGGACCUUUUCCGCGUGUGGGAGAACCUCGAGCAACAGCGGUGGCAGCCAGCAGGGAGCUGGCAGGAGACGAACGUCCAACAGAAGGACGUCCUCUGCAGGGGGCGGGAGCUAGAGGUCCGACCAUGCUCCACCGUGCUAUUCUGAACUUCUUCUGGUGGACAGGACUCUCCUCUGGACCGGGAACUGAGGACGAAGAGCAGGGAACCCCUGAGAUUCAACCAAUCGCAGCCCCACGGCGGGACGCGGAGGAGCUGAUGGAGAGGCUGCCGCUGGGCUCAGCGGGACAGAGUCUGGAAGCUCAGUUGUCAUCGGUGACCCACCUGUCGCUGGUGAUCCACGACAGCUCGGAGAACCUCACCAACGAGGAGUGACCAAGAGAGGGCGGGGCCAAGGAGCCAUGUGACCCAGGACCACUGAGGAGUGACCAAGAGAGGGCGGGGCCAAGGAGCCAUGUGACCCAGGACCACUGGGGGCCUUUUACUACCGUGUGUGUGUGUGCAUUUUUUCUGACGUUUGUUUUGAAGUUCCAAAAUGUGCCGUUGGGCCAGUGUUUACUUUAUAAUAUACUUUUGUUAAAGCUUUAUUUAACAGGUUGUCUUUGCAUGCAUUGUGGUCAGUCGCCCACCGUUCUGAAUACUGUGAAUGUCUUGCUCCCAUGCUGGUUUCUGUUGCAUACCCUCCCUUUGAAGACCCUUCCUCUCGGAAAUAUGUUCUGGUCCUGGUCCAAUCUCGAAGGCCAUGUUGUUCUUGUAAAAAUAACUUUGUUAUUGUUAAAAAAAGAUUGUAUUUUUCCCACGUUUAUUUUCAAGAACAUUAAUUGUUAGUUGAUUCCGGUUUGUCAAAAGACAAGGAAAAUGUAACUUUAAGUUGGCGCAAUAAAUAACAGCAUUUCCUUGAA